AUGACCACACCCCAUGGAGUCAUCGCUGCAAGACCAUCCGAGGCCGCCGCCUCGGCGCACGUCAACCGUCCGGGGCCGCCUGACCUCAUUUGGCACUGCGGCCGCCCUCUGUCACACUACGAGCUCCAGCCCGGCGGGGAGGCGCCCGUGUCCACCACGGACAAGGGGGUGGGAUCGCAGAUGAGCUUCAAUGGGAGGCUCCAGGAGUUCUCGCAGCCGAGGAGGCUCACGGUGGAGGAGAUUCCCGUGAUUGUGGAGGACUUCAGGAAGGCUGCCAAGAAUGCCACGACGCCGAGCAAUAUGGCAGGUUUUAAUGGUGUGGAGAUCCAUGGCGCUAGCGGGUACAUUAUCGAGCAGUUCCUCAAGGACAGUGUCAACGACCGCACCGAAGAGUACGGCGGCAGCCUCGAGAAGCGGUGCCGCUUCGCUCUCGAGGUGGUCGCUGCCAUCGUCAAGGAGAUCGGUGGCUACCGUGUCGGCAUCCACUUCUCCCCCUUCACCAACUACAUGGAGUCGCACGACUCAGACCCUCAUUCCCUCGCGCUCUACAUCUCCACCAAGCUCAACAACCAUGGCAUCCUCUACAUCCACAUGAUCGAGCCAAGGCUGGCCAUGGUGGAGGGACGACGGGUGGUACCCAAGCAGUUGAUGCCAUACAGGGAGGCGUUCAAGGGGACCUUCAUCGCCAAUGGUGGAUUUGACUACGAGGAAGGGAACAAGGUGGUAACAGAAGGGUAUGCUGACCUGGUGGCCUUCGGGCGGCUAUUCCUGGCCAACCUGGACCUGCUGAAGAGGUUCGAGGUCGGCGCAUCGCUAAACAACUACGAGAAGAUUACCUUUUACACCUCAGACCCUGUCAUCGGCUACACCGACUACCCGUUCCUCGAAUAA